AUGUCUUCAGGAGGAUAGCCAAUAAUUACUACUACCAUGGAGAGUAUUACAAAGCUAUUCGGUGACUUGUGUGAGGCCUACAGCGCAAGUUUGUCAAAGACGGAUCAUCUGGGCAGAGGGAGGAAAAAGUCAAAGAAAAGUCUCAAAAAGAUUGCAUAUAAUGCUUUGUUUGCAAACCUUUUCUUGGACGAGGCUCAGAAGGUACAGUCUUAUAUUUGCCGACUUCCAGUGAAGAACAAGAUUUUGAUGCUGUCUUUCAAUUUGAGAGUUGCUGGAAUGAGCCCAGAAGCAGACAGGUUGGAAGAGCUUGUGGAUGAGUUGGAAAUGUCUACUUCUUUACCAUUUACUGAAAUUAACUCUGUUUUGGAUCUUCUAGUACAGCUUGCAGGAACGGGGCCACCUCAGUGUACACCUCCCAAAACGGAUUACUUUAAGAAUAACAAGUAUGUUGGAAGAAAUAUUAAAUAUCAAGGUUAUGAUUAUUACGAUGUCAGUGUGUUUGAAGCCAGCGUACAGACAUUUAUUGCCAAUCAGGAGUGUCAGUAUAAUGAUACAAUUCAAAAGAUGCUACAGGUCAUGGAAGCAGCACCAGGCACAGGUCUUCCUACCAUGGAGUCAUUUUCACAAAGGUGCCCUGUAGGUGACAGGUUUGAGAGGGAAACUCGUGUCUCGCUUUUUGGUGCUCUUGUCCACAGCCGCACUUAUGACAUGGACAUCAAGUUGGAUCUGCCACCAGUGCCUGAUAAUGCAGAUUUGUCUGGACUCGCAAUUAAGGUUCCUCAAAGCAUAGAUCCUUCAGAAGAUGAAGGAUUCCAGUCCGCAUCAAACCUCACUCCUGACUCUCAGUCAGAACCCAGCGUGACUCCAGAUAUUGACCUCUGGGAAGCAGUGCUUACCUAUGGACCUAGUAAGCGAAGAUGCUGGGAAAGGAUCGGCUGCCCACCUGGAAAAAAGGAAGAACCAUACCUUUCCGAAGCUGGAAGAGAAGCCUUUGACAAGUUUUGCCGACUUCGAGAAGGGGAGUUACAACUCUUCAGCAGCACAAAGCUGCAGCUUCCACAACGGGUGCUAAUAAAAGAGCUGGAACUAGUGAAGGAUGUUCUGAAUGUCCUAAUUGGAGUUGUGUCUAUUUCAUUCUCAUUUAAUCAGGCAGCCCAGAUGUUUACAGUCAAGCAGGGCAUAUACGUGUCUGGAACAUCACCUGAAAGCAUGCAUCAGCUCUUGUCGGAAGUUGCUCAGUAUGGAACUUAUUACACACGCCUGAGUCGUUUCUCUGUCCAACCAGUCUUAGACUCUUCAUACAACAAAGGACUGGUGUUUCAGGCAUUCACGAGUGGGCUGAGGAAGUACCUUCAGUACUAUCGAGCAUGUGUUUUGUCGACUCCAUCUACGUUAACUCUUCUAACGAUCAGCUUUCUCUUCAGAAAACUGGGACGCCAGCUGAGGUAUUUAGCUGAACUCUGUGGCAUUGGAUGCACUGCGUUGGGAACUGCGGGAGCUGCUGGUGCUUCAUUUCCGACUGGUGUGAAACUUCUUUCAUAUCUGUACGAAGAAGCUCUUAAUAGCUGCAGCAAUGAACAUUACCCAGUUCUACUGUCACUCCUAAAAACGAGUUGUGAGCCUUAUACAAGGUUUAUCCAUGACUGGGUAUACAGUGGUGUAUUCAGAGAUGCGUAUGGUGAAUUCAUGAUUCAGGUCAAUGAGAAUUAUCUUGGCUUCAGAGAUAAACAUUACUGGACCCAUGGGUACAUUCUGAUUUCCAAAGAAGCAGAAGACUGUGUCCCUGUGUUCUUGAAGCAUAUUGCUAACGAUGUAUAUAUUUGUGGGAAAACCAUAAAUUUAUUAAAGUUGUGCUGUCCCAGGCACUAUAUAUGCUGGUCAGAUAUCCCUGUUCCUCGGAUAUCUGUAAUUUUCUCCCUUGAGGAAUUGAGAGAGAUUGAGAGAGACUGUGCUGUAUAUGUGGGCCGAAUGGAAAGAAUUGCACGAUACAGUUCCAUCAGCAAGGAAGAAAAGGAGCUGCGUAUGGAAAUUGAAAAACAGGAGUUAAUUGUUCAUGCUCGAGAAACAGCAAGCAAAGCUCUAAAAGCCAUUACCGAUCAGCAAAUAGCCGAGAAAGUAGCAUGGGAUGCGAAGAAACGAGAACAGUUUCAGAAACUGAAGGAACAGUUUGUAAAGGAUCAAGAGCGCCGACGUGCUCUGAAACAGGAGGAGAUCGAUGAUGAUUUCAGCUAUGCUCGGGAACUUAGGGAGAGGGAGAGAAGACUGAAGGCUUUAGAGGAAGAGUUGGAAAAAAAGGCAAGGCAAGAAUUAAUUGACCACUACAGCAAACUGUCUGAAGAUGCAGCACGUAGAGAAAAAAGAGCUUUAUGGAAAAUUCAGAGACACAAAUUGGAAACAGCCCGUCUCAGUUUUCUCUUGGAAGAUCAGAAACGUAUUGAGGGCAUGCUCGAGAAACUGCCUAGUGGAAAGUACAGGAAGAAACUGGACAUAAUUCCAGAAUACCGGAGCCAACACAUUUCUGCUCCAGUUUUGCCUGUAAGAGAUUCCAGCCUUCAGCGAACAUCUGCAGAAAUCGAAGAUCCUUGUGCUGUGAAUGUUGGUGACAGGGUUGCAGACUCUGGAAUGGAACGUGAUGCUUUGGAUGACAAAUCACUGGACUUAGCACAAUCAACAAAUGUGCGGUCCGAUGAUCAUUGUGAGUCAGAAAAGGAAGAGGCUGCUUCUGAGGUACACUGUACUGAACAAUUAGUGGGUCCAUCGGAGAGCAUGCCUGAACUUAACCUGGACUUUGAAGAUUUCUUGCCAAAAUCUCCAGAAGAAAUGCCUUUCACUCCCAGUGAGCAGGAGACAAGUUUGUUGGACAGAGCGUUGCAAAAUAUCAGCUCAGAGCUUUCCUUGACUGACUGUGCAGACAAACAUAAUCCUGUGCAGCAAGGCACAGCAGAAGAGGAAACCAAUCCCCAAGUUGAGCCACUCAGUGAAUACGAUUUUAACACCAUUCUGAGGCCUUCUGUUUCGCAAAGCCAUGUCCGAGUCGGAGAGAAUGUCUUUGACGUUGAGAGCAGUAGACCUCGUUGGAACGUUCAUGGCCAUUCAUCUGACGCAAACAUUAAAGUAGGGGAAUACGUCCCUCUUACCCAACUAUACCAGUCGCAUGCCAAUCCUCAUGGCCAUUCCUCAGACGCACAUAUUAAGGUUGGAGAAUACUCCUCUGAGGUGGAACCUAGACGGCCCCGCUGGAAUGUCCAUGGGCAUGUCUCUGCAGCUCAUAUUCAAAUUGGGGAAUAUGCCUCUGAGGUAGAGUCCUCCAGGCCUAGAUGGAAUAUUCAUGGGCACGCAUCAGAUGCCAAUAUAAAGAUUGGCGAGUACGUGUCAAAUGUAGAGCCAGCGAGACCACGGUGGACUGUUCAUGGUCACAUAUCCGACGCCAAUAUCAAGAUCGGGGAAAAUGUAUCUGAAGUUGUGUCUUCUCGACCUCGUUGGAAUAUUCACGGGCACGCCUCCCAAUCACACAUUAAAAUUGGAGAGCUAGUUUCCGACAUGGAGGUCUCCAAGCCUCGGUGGAGCCGUUUUGGCCAUGUGUCGCAGUCCAGCAUUCAAAUAGGGGAGUGGACCCCCUCAACUGAAACUGACCCGAUUCCUCAUCAUAAAACAACCUCUGGUUCUGUUUCUGGCUCUACAAUUCAGACUUUCAUGUAUGGUCAAGAAUUCUGUAUGCCCAAAGGGAGCGAUGAGGGCCAGGAACAGGCCUUGCAGCAGUCAGAGUUAUCUGUUAGGGCACUGGCUGACGAUUUGGAUGAACAGCAAGAAAGAAGUUUGGGACAGAGCCCGAAGAAGGUGGCUCUGACUGAUUAUAUCAAAGGUCUUCCCCCCGAUCCUCCUCAGAACUUACAGGCAGAAGAACCUGGGAAAUCCACUGACAUGGUCCCUGGGAUACAAUCCACUUUCUUCUCUGAAAUUAGUGCCUCUGAAAGGCCAGGAGGAGGAGAUAAUACUAUUGCAAUAUGGGAGGAAGAACAAGAUUAUCUGAAAGUGUUGACUGAUCAGUAUUGUCUUGAGAAAUAUCAGGACAGCUAUGAUUUGUUGUCAGAGCUUCCAGUUUCCCAUCUCCUGCAUCAUGUGAUACCAAGAUCCUACACUUUUCCUGUGGAUCCUUCAGUACAGCCAGGAACAGAUGAAACAGCUGUACAAUUGAGUGAGCUCUUAUCUCUUCCAGUGCUGAUGAAGCGGUCAGUUACUGCCCCCUUGGUUUCUCAUGUUUCCCUCGUGAACAAAGCCAUUGUUGACUACUACUUUGUGGAGCUGAAUGUCGAGAAGCAUUUUGAAGCUUUAAGGCAUUUUUUGUUGAUGGAAGAUGGAGAGUUCGCUCAGUCACUGAGCGAUUUGCUGUUUGAAAAGCUUGGAUCUGGGCAGACCCCUGGUGAACUUCUCAACCCACUUGUCCUCAAUUCCAUCUUAAACAAGGCUCUGCAAUACAGUCUUCAUGGAGACACCCACCUUGCAUCCAAUCUCUCUUUUGCACUGAAGUACCUUCCCGAAAUGUUCAAGCCCAACGCACCCGAUGCCCUCAGUUGCUUGGAGCUACGAUACAAAGUUGACUGGCCCUUAAAUAUUGUCAUUACUGAGAACUGCAUGAAUAAAUAUAACAAGAUUUUCUCCUUCCUGCUGCAACUGAAGCACAUGGUGUGGACUCUUAAGGAUGUUUGGUUCCACUUAAAGCGAACCGCCUUAGUGAAACACGCAUCCAACUCUGUUCAGUUUCGACAGCUCCAGCUCUAUAAACAUGAAAUGCAGCACUUUGUUAAAGUGAUUCAAGGUUAUAUUGCCAACCAGAUCCUGCAUGUGACAUGGUGUGAAUUUGGAAGUAAGCUGUCUUCUGUUGGGAACCUGGAAGAAAUUCACAGAACACACGCGGAAUACCUCAACAAAGCUAUCUUCCGGGGAUUAUUGACUGAAAAGGCAGCCCCAGUGAUGAACAUCAUUCACAGUAUCUUUAGCCUAAUUCUGAAGUUCCGUAGCCAAUUAAUCUCGCAGUCAUGGAGUUUCGAUGCUGGCAAGCAAAUGGCGGUUCACCCCAACUUCGGUCUGAUGCAACAGUCCUACAACACAUUCAAGUAUUACUCCCAUUUCUUAUUCAAUGUUGUAACUAAACUAGUAAACAGAGGUUAUCAACCUCACCUAGAGGACUUCCUGUUGCGAAUCAACUUUAACAACUACUACAAAAAUAACUGAGCUUUGAUACUGUUCUACUGGUAGCUUAUAUUACAGGAACAAAGACAGCAGUAUCAUGUGUAUAUGUUUGUUUAUAAAGCCUGUUUUGGUUGAAUGCUGCUCUU